UGUCUUAACUGUCCUACUUUCACCAAAAGGUCAAAGGUUAUUUUUUUGGCCUUUAGUCUUUGCUGUAAGUUUGGGUGUGUUUACCUGGGAAGUCAUUAAGAAAAUGAAGUAAAGUGGGUUUGUGCGGUCUGUUUAUAAACCAAAAAACACUGCAAGUGUAAAUGUAGGGUGAUCAUUUCACAGAUAUUUAAAUCAAUAGUCUGAUAAAGAGUUCAGACUUCCAGAAAGAACAUAAAAACUAAAUCUGACUGUUCACUGAAGAAUAGUUGCAAAACUAUGCACCUGUGAUUCUUGUUCCUAGGUUGAAGAAUAUAAAAAUGACCAGUUUAUACAACAAAUCAUUAUUAUUAUUAUCAUUAAUUAUCUCUGUAGUCACACAAUCUAUUUGUGUUGGCAUAAAUGACAUCAUUGUUUGAAAUUGCAACAUUGCGAAACAUUUGUUUUUUUGAUUUAAGAAAUCUUGUUCUGAGGGUAAAAUGUGUUGCUCACUAAACUAAUUUGAAAAAUUUUCACUGAAGCUUGAAAAAUCGUUAAAUGAUACAGUUUAAUUUUGAAUGUAUUUUUUAUUUAGCUCAUGAGAGGAAGUACAAGGCAUGAUUAUGGGUGCAAAUUGUGGUCUAGAUGAUUACAAUCCUCAAAACAGUUUUUUUUAAUCAGACGUUAAAACUGUGUGUUUUGCAACUCCAGACAGAAGCACGUGGAAAUGUGAUAUAGAUAUUAAUAUGAAGACACAAAACCCCCAAAAUCUAUUCAUCUUCCUUCUGUCCUGGUUUUUCUCUGCUCAUGCUGGAUUCUGGAUCUGGUAUUUCUCACCCUUUUGAGAAGCACAGAUAGAGGACGAGAAGAACAAAAAAAGUCUAACAGGAUCCCGUCCGUGCCUGGGAACCUGACGGAUCCUGGAGAGACAAGAGUACAGGGGGAACCGUUGGGGUGAUAAUAGUGUAAGGGAAACUCCUCAGGGAACGUGAAAUCGGGCUGUUUUUGUUCUCAUCCAUAUCCCCAAAGAAUCCUUUAGCAGGUCUGGUCUAGAGGGAAUCACUGUGCAGCACCAUGGGGGCCUCCUGUGAUAAGGCGUCGCUCCUCUCGGGGCUGCUCGUAUUCAUGCUGUGUGUCGCCUCUUCUCACUGCCAGGAGGAAAAUUCUGGAUACCACUCAGGUGAGGAACACACCUAUGAAGAGUCUUCUGCAGUUGACCACUAUGACAACUUAGCUGCUCCUCAGCCAGAAUAUCCACCAGAGCCGACUCAUAGCUAUGAUGUGGACCAGAUAUUCGAGGAAGAGGAUUAUGACACUUAUGGCCCAAUCCCCACCCAAGUCACCAUGAUCACUGAGGACACCUUUCCCUACAUCACCACCACUGAGUCCCACUAUGCCAAAGAGGACACUGAGAUCGUGCAGGUGCCAUAUGAGUACCCUCCUGACACUGGCUCCUCAGAAGAGUCAGGGGGCGAUGCAGAGCUUGGGCAGGUGGGGCCAACAGAGUGUGACUGUGAGCCCGGAGAGCCUGGAUUUGCUGGCUUCACAGGACCAAAGGGAUCCAGAGGACUGCAGGGUAAAACUGGUAAACCAGGGUCUCAAGGGAGAGAGGGCUAUAAAGGGACCAAAGGUGUUCAGGGAAGGAGAGGAGAUACUGGCCCAGUGGGUGACCCUGGUCCUGAGGGAGAUGAAGGAGCUUCUGGUUUUUCUGGAGCCACCGGAGAACCUGGACUUCCAGGAGAGCCAGGUGAGCCUGGAGAUGUGGGUCUAAAGGGUGACAUGGGAUUGGAGGGACCCCGUGGAGGAGUCGGACCUCCUGGUGAGACUGGUCGUCGUGGUGAUGCUGGGCCUGCUGGAGGAAGAGGGACUAAAGGUAUCAAGGGCGCUCCUGGUGACAAAGGUGAACAAGGUCCUCGGGGACGAGAAGGACCAAAGGGUCAAACAGGAGCACCUGGGUUUCCAGGUGAUGUUGGCGAGAGAGGCUACACUGGUUAUCCUGGACAGCCGGGGCCAAUCGGAAAGAGCGGUCCAAAGGGGACUAAAGGUUACAGUGGCUUGCCGGGACGAGGUGGUGACCCUGGAGAAGAUGGUCCUAUAGGAGUCCCAGGGUUUAUGGGAGAACCGGGGCCAUUUGGUGCCAAGGGGAGUAAAGGGGAUGGUGGCGUCAGAGGACCUCGGGGGAGAGUGGGCGCUGUGGGAGCCCAAGGAGAACAAGGAGAUGCUGGAAUACCAGGAAAACCAGGAGCAAAGGGCCUCAAAGGCCCAAAAGGGCCCAAAGGUGAGACGGGACCUGAUGGGGAGAAGGGUGUAGCAGGGAAGAAGGGCAUGAAGGGCGAGAAAGGACAGAAGGGAAGCGUAGGAGAUCGUGGAGACAGAGGACAGCGUGGACCUAAGGGAGCUGUUGGUCCCAUUGGGGCUCCAGGCCCGGUUGGACCUCCUGGUAUCCCAGGGGUCAGAGGACAACGUGGUCCAGCCGGGGACCCAGGUCUUAAGGGUCGAGCUGGACCUAAAGGAGUGCGAGGUCCAUCUGGUCCUGGGCUUACUGAUGAGCAGGUCUUGCAGCUCUGCAGAGGUGUUGUCACAGCUCAGAUCUCUCAGUAUGCUUCCUCCAUCAGAGCCAAGUGCUCUCAGGGCUGUCCCAUCAACAACCGGACACUCAUUGGGCCUCCAGGAGCUCAAGGACCACCAGGGGCACCAGGCAAAGCUGGUAAAGCAGGAAAACCCGGAGCAAAAGGAGCCAGAGGUGUUCAAGGUGACAGAGGAGUGGAGGGACAAAAGGGAGCACCUGGUGACAGAGGUCAAAAGGGACCCAAAGGCGUUGUAGGAGAUCCAGGUAUAGGGCUGCCAGGACACGACGGACCACAGGGACCCAGAGGUUCACCAGGUAACCCAGCAGAACCAAAAGAUGGCAUGGAGGGUCCCCGUGGGCCUCGUGGCUUCCCUGGUCCCGUGGGUCCACCCGGCAUGGUUGGAUUUGCAGGUGUACCGGGAUUUUGCGAGGCACGGGACUGCAGCAUUUAUGCACCAGUGAUGCGCAAAGAGCAGGGUCUGGUGAAAGGGCCAGUGAGUUAAAAAAUCUGAACCCAAACAUCAGAUAUUAUGGUGCUUAUAGGAAUAACUUGGUUUUAACAAUGAAAUACUUUACAUACAAUAUUGUGACAAUAGUCUGUCAAAAGCUGUGAUAUAAAUGUCAGUGGAUAAAGUGUAGUAUCAUGAUGCACUUCAGGAUUGUGCAGAAAUCUCAUGCCUCUAGUCAACAUCUGAUACCACACAGGGAUUAUACUUCAUACGUGUUCAAACUCUGCAGCAGUUUUUACUGCUGUGUAUGUUGUGACUUUAGAAAACGAUAAAUUAUUCCAAGCUGAUUCCUUAUUUCUUCAUUUUAGUUUUUUAAUUUCUCUGGUACCCAAAGAAUAAAUAGAUAAAUCUAUGUAAAUAUUUUGUAAAGACUCUAAAGUACAUGUACUGUGCUCUGAAACAAAUAAACGGAUGUGUUCUUUA